CAAGAGGGAAAACACACAAGGGGGGAAAACUUGCAAGAGGCUGCAGCUCAUUCACUCACUCACUCACUCAUUCAUUCACUCUGUGCUUUGGAGAUUGGUCUCUGAAAACCUUCACCAUGGUUGACGCCUUCUGUGCCACUUGGAAACUGGUUGACAGUGAGAACUUUGAUGAUUAUAUGAAAGCACUGGGCGUGGGCUUUGCCACCCGUCAGGUCGGUAACGUGACCAAACCGACCGUCGUCAUCAGCCAGGACGGCGACAAGGUGACGCUCCGCACCCAGAGCACCUUCAAGAACACGGAGAUCUCCUUCAAACUGGGAGAGGAGUUUGACGAGACCACCGCCGACGACAGGAACUGCAAAUCCACCGUGUCUCUGGAUGGAGACAAACUGGUCCAUGUCCAGAAGUGGGACGGCAAAGAGACCAAGUUUGUCCGAGAAAUCAAGGACGGCAAGCUGGUCAUGGAUCUGACCUUUGAAGACAUCCACGCAGUCCGCACCUACGAGAAGGCAUGAGCGUUCCCGAGCGACGGCGUCCCAAACCCAGCCAGGAAGUGUUGAUUUUAUAAUUAUUAUUGACUGACUGUGUGCUCCUGAUCUCCCUCCACACGUCCAUGAAACCGCAGGCUGCACAUUUUAUACCAUUUCUUUUCUUUUAAUUUCUUUUUUUUUUGUACGUGAGAUGGAUGGAUUGUCUUUACAAACCUGUGUUUAAAACAAGAAAAAAAUAAAAGACACAAAGAAUAAA